AUGCCUGUGAUGAAGGGCCUCCUGGCUCCACAAAACACCUUCUUGGACACCAUUGCAAAACACUUUGAUGGCACUCAUAGUAACUUCCUACUGGGAAAUGCUCAGGGUCGCCACGGCUACCCCAUUGUGUACUGCUCUGAUGGGUUUUGUGAGCUGACCGGCUUCGCACGGACUGAAGUGAUGCAGAAAACUUGUACAUGCAGCUUCCUCCAUGGAGCCGAGACCAAUGAGAGUGUUAUCCAGCAGCUAGACAAAGCUCUGGAGGGCCAGCAGGAGUACCAGGGAGAAGUCUGCUUCUAUCGGAAAAAUGGAAAUCCAUUUUGGUGCCUCCUCAAUAUCGUGCCAAUUAAAAAUGAGAAAGGUGAGGUGGUGCUGUUCCUCUUGUCCUUCAAAGACGUGAGCGAAUCAUACGGGAAAAGCCCUCUCGUCAGCCAAGCAGAUGGUAUGUCAGAGGCCGCUCACCAAAGCAGGAAAACCAAUCGUUCGCACUUUUCCCGAGCUCGAGAGAGGGGGAGGACUAUUCUGCACCACCUGACCAACGUGUUCACCAAGAGGGGCAAGAGAAAACUGACCGAUAGUGUGUUUCAGAAGCCGUCUCUGCCCGAGUACAAGGUGGCAGCUGUGAAGAAGUCCCGUUUCAUCCUGCUCCACUACAGCAUCUCCAAGGCCGUGUGGGACUGGUUGAUUCUCCUGGCGACCUUCUACGUUGCGGUCGCUGUGCCUUACGACAUCUGCUUCGUCAGCCACGACCAGGGCGACGACUAUCCCUCACUUGCCAGUCGCAGCACCGUAGGCAGUGACAUCGUGGUGGAGAUGCUCUUCAUACUUGAUAUCAUCUUGAAUUUCCGUACCACAUACGUGAGUCAGUCAGGUCAGGUGGUGUACGACGCCCGCUCCAUCUACCUCCAUUACUGCACCACUUGGUUCUUUGUGGAUCUGAUCGCAGCGCUGCCGUUUGAUCUUCUCUAUGCUUUCAACAUCACAGUGACCUCGCUGGUGCACUUGUUGAAGACCGUUCGUCUGCUGCGUCUGCUGCGCCUGUUACAGAAACUGGAUCGCUACUCCCAGUACAGCGCUGUGGUCCUGACCCUGCUCAUGUCUGUGUUUGCUCUCCUGGCUCACUGGAUGGCUUGUGUCUGGUACGUCAUCGGACGCAAGGAGAUAGAAAGCAGUGACCCCGUUACCUGGGACAUAGGCUGGCUUCAGGAGUUGGGAAAGCGUCUGGAGACCCCAUACAUCAACCACACCAUGGGUGGCCCCUCCAUCCCUAGCGCCUACAUCGCCUCUCUCUACUUCACCCUCAGUAGCCUCACCAGCGUCGGUUUUGGCAACGUGUGUGCCAAUACAGAUGCCGAGAAAAUCUUCUCCAUCUGCAUUAUGCUCAUGGGCGCCCUGAUGCACGCAGUGGUCUUCGGCAACGUGACAGCCAUCAUCCAGCGCAUGUACUCGCGGCGCUCUCUCUACCACACCCGAAUGAAGGAUCUCAAGGACUUCAUCCGUGUGCAUCGGCUGCCUCAUCUGCUGAAGCAGAGGAUGCUGGAGUACUUUCAAGCCACCUGGUCUGUUAACAAUGGCAUCAACGCCAAUGAGCUGCUGCAUGACUUCCCAGAUGAACUGCGAGCUGACAUCGCCAUGCACCUGAACAAAGACAUCCUGCAGCUGCCUGUGUUCGAGCAAGCCAGCAGAGGCUGUCUGCGCUCCCUCUCCCUGCACAUCAAGACCUCUUUCUGUGCACCCGGGGAAUACCUCAUACGCCACGGAGAUGCACUACAAGCCAACUACUUUGUCUGCUCUGGCUCCCUGGAGGUUCUGAAAGACAGCGUGGUCCUGGCCAUCCUGGGCAAAGGUGACCUUAUUGGGGCUGAUCUCCCGGAGCAUGACCGGGUGAUCAAGACCAAUGCGGAUGUGAAGGCGCUGACCUACUGCGACUUGCAGUACAUCAGUGUUCGGGCUUUGAGGGAGGUCCUUGGGCUGUACCCGGAGUACGGCAGCCAGUUCAGCUCUGACAUCCAUCACAACCUCACCUACAACCUGAGAGAGGGCAGUGAAUCUGACGGAGUAACAAGGUUUCCAUGGUCUUCCAGGCUGCCUCAGGGCCGUGCUUCUACGGGCCAUAAACUACCUUAUAUAGUUGAGGCAGAUGAAGAGGCCGAACAUGGAGAAGACAUGAGACCCUCUCAGCAGAGGAGAGUGCCUCUGUUACAAGGAAUAGGAAACCCUCUUCCUCAGCCCUGCCUCAGCACCCUGUUAGGAGAGGAGCUCCGCCACAUCAACGCGCUCCACAUCUGUCGGUCACCUGUUCAGGGCGGUCGAGGCCACAGCCACCCUGCUCAGCCAUUAGCCAAUCAGGAGCUCUCACCUUCUCCUUUGCCCAGUCUUACCAGUGACCUGGACUUCACCCAUCGGCCUGCCAAUCUACUCAUGCCAUCCUUGUCUUGUGUUAGUCCAUUGGACCUUAGCCCCAGGGUCGUGGAUGGAAUUGAGGACAAUUGUCACACAUUUCAAUUUAAUGUAGAGCACAGCGAGACAAAGUCUAAUCUAACAGACCGGUUCCAGGUGAGUGCGACCCUGCUUCUGGAGACGGAGGAAGUGAGACAGAACAUCAGCAAACUGAACCAAGAGGUGAGCAACUUGAACCAAGAACUUUCCAACCUGGCCAAGGAGCUCCACGACAUAAUGCAUUUCCUACAAUCUCAUAUGACCAUGCUCCAUACCCCUCCUGUCCCCUCAUACUCAUAUGGCAUAAAGAUGGUUCCCAGUCCUAGUGUGACUACUUCCAGCAACUGGCAGUCCCAUGUCCCUUCCAAUAUUGCCACGGGGAUGCACCUCCAUCAUGAAGCAAUUAGCCAUCCUGCCAGAAAUGUGUGGGGCUGCAGUGGGAUGCCCACCCAGGGCAUAAGUCCCACUUUGCUGCACUCUUCAAGCCCUGCGUCGUCCUGUUUACACCUGUACUGCUCUGAGCGAGAAGGGGCCGCAACCCAUAGGUUACAGAGCCAGUGUGGCCCCCUUCAAACCUCGAGAACAACUCCAAACUCUCCCUACAUGACCCAUCCCCAUGUCCAGGGAGGUGCAUCCCUCCUGGGCCUCAGUUCUGCCUUCAGCAGCUUCCCAGGGAUUUGUCAAGCCCCACAUGUGCCGUACAACGCCUCUAUUCCCAUAAUGAGCGACCCUCACCCUGAAUGUUCCCCAGUAAAUUCUGGCUGCUCUCAUCAGUCUCUGAGUGGUCAAACCAACUCUGAUCCCACACAUAAUCAGACUACCUCCCAGACACCCAUCCAUUCCUCCAUCACAUACUCUGGCCAGCCGCAGUAUCACACUACCUUCAGCCCCAUCACUCCUUCAGCAGUCCACACUUCAACAUGCAUGGGACACAACCAGAGCCAACAGGGCUCUAGCAAUGCCUCCAGGCAAAAUGACCCUGUAGGAUCCAGCCCUAUCCACACACAGGACCUUGCAUGUUCACUACUGAGCCAGGUGACAGAUAGAGACUGUAGAGCUUCACUGUAUCGAGAGACGACAGACAGUCUCGAAUCUGAGGAUACGAGCAGCAGUACUCCAACUGUCGAAGUUCAAUCACCUCGCUUGGAUGUGGAGGGAAUGCAAAGCCCACACUGA